GAUCGCCAUACGAAGCGAUGUUUGGUUGUACAGCGAGAACAGGGUUAGCUUCAGCUGGGAUACCUUACGAUGAAAUAGAAAAACUUAAGUCAGAAGAGGAUAUUGAAGAACUAUUUAAUAACAGAAACCAUUCAGAUCAUAUUAAUGAAGUAGAAGAUGAUUUAGUCAGUGUUGGAGAUCUUGACAAUGAAGUAAACUUAGAGACUGAAAAUGAAUUAAGAAAUACUAAAGACAUAGGUAAAAGAAUUGAAACAAUUAAAGACCAACGACAAAAAUCGGUUGUCUGUCUCGAAAAACAAGCGUCAAAAAUGUUGAGACUGACUAACGAAAAGUUUUCAAAGCUUGAUGUCGGUACAACUGUUCGUGUCCCAAUACCAGAUGUCGAUAGAGCACGAGGUUCUCCGCGUAAUUUACUUGCUGUUAUUAUUUCAUACGAAGAUGACAUGUAUAAAUUAUGUACAGAAUAUGGGGUGUUGAAACACAAAUAUACACGAGCACAAAUUUCUCCGUGUAAAGAAAAAUUUCUAGAACUAGAUGAAGCCAUGAAAAAAAAUAAAGACAGGGAAAUAACAUUAAGAGAAGCCGCAGGACAUGGAAUAGCUGGUCAUCAAGGAUUUAAUCGAUGCAACUGUAAAAUUGGUUGUGGAACUAAAAAAUGUGCUUGCAAUGCAGCAGAAAUGUUGUGCAGUUCAAAAUGUCAUGGUAACCAAAAUUGUAAAAAUAAAUAA